CUUUGUCUGUGUGUAUGGUUUGUUCUAUUAUUUUGUAUGGCGCAACAAUUUUUGAGAUUACAGUUGUUGCUCAAUCCUUUAACGUUCGCUACCAAAAUUCACUUUUGGAAGACGUUAUUCAUGGCAUUCGUGAUUCCUUAAUCGCAUCGUUGAUUCUCACGUUUUUGUUUUGUGCUCUCUCCAUUCCUCGUUUUAUGGAAAACCAUAAAAAUAACAUGUUACGAAUGUUCAAAGGCGAUAAAUCCUUCAUUCCAAAAAACAUAAAAUCUUCACAGUUUAUGAUCGGAAAAUCUUUGCGAUAUCAAAGUUUUCAAAUUGGCUAUUUUCUUUUGGGUUAUUUGUUACAGUGGCUUAUGUUGUUCCUUAUUUGUGUAUUUUUCUACUGUCUAAAGUUUCCCAUUUUUCGAAAAUUGGUGUUGAAUCGUGUCAAAACAGUAAGCGUUUUCUUUGCUGUGGGAUUAUUAACUAGACUUACUCUUCCUUUAACUGCUGUGACAAUUUUCCGUGAUCCUGAUUACAAUAAAAAUGUAAUAUCCGUGAACAACAGGAACGCGUAUUUAGUAUUUUCCUAUUUUUGGUUCUUUAUUGGUCUUCCCAUGGGAAUAUUGUCAGCGUUGUCGCGUAUUUUAAAAGCAAUGAUAAUUGUGCUUAUCUUGUUACCAAGAGUGGAUCAUAGUGUUCUGCCUGAUGGUUUUCAACAAUUUGAUCCUGGUUAUGUUUCGUACAUCGCCUAUCUUCAUGUUCAAGCUGCAUUUAGAAAUCCUAUUUUACGAGUAUUUUGUCAAACAAUCUUUGACAGAAAAAAUGGUAUCCACCAAUGGAAAUGCUCACCUCAAGCCCGCACCAGGUGGUUCCUUGCCUUAACUUUGGCCCGCAAUCCUGAGAUCAUCAGUUAUCGUAAAGAUAAAGAAAAAAUUUCAAAUGAUAAAGCUAGCGUCAGUUCUGUGAGAGUUAGUCUGUACGGUUCGGACAAAACCAACUUAGUUGUUUGAGAUGUAGAUAUCUCCAUGACAACAACGUUGUGGUGGGGAAUGUUGACGAUUGUUAGUUUGAUUUUUUAUGUUUACUUUCAUGGUUUGAUAAUAGACGAGAUUGAAAACAGGAAUAAUUUGAACUUCCUAGCUGAAACAUAACACGUAUAACGAUAAAGAGACAAUAGUCUUUACUUUUUAUUCAGUGUGGGUAUUCUUUUACUGUCCAUCGAGUGAAAGAUAUUUUUCCUUAUCCUAUAUUAGUCAUCUUUUGCUCAAAUUAAAUUACAUAAUGAUUUUUAUUUUUUACCCAA